UACGCGCUCGCUUCCCCUCCCCCAUGCAGCUCUGAGGAGGCGGCAGUGGCGGCUUACGGGCGGCCCGGGGCCUAGUGCGAGUGGCCGGGCUGGCGCAGGCGAAGGGGGCCCCGGCGCCAUGGAAGGGAUGGACGUGGACUUGGACGCCGAGCUGAUGCAAAAGUUCAGCUGCUUGGGCACCACCGACAAGGACGUGCUCAUCGGCGAGUUCCAGCGGCUUCUCGGCUUCCAGCUUAGCCCGGCCGGCUGCGCCUUCUUCCUGGACAUGACGAACUGGAAUUUACAGGCAGCCAUUGGAGCUUACUAUGAUUUUGAGAGCCCAAACAUCAAUGUGCCCUCCAUGUCCUUUGUUGAAGAUGUGACCAUAGGAGAAGGAGAGUCCAUCCCUCCUGAUACUCAGUUUACAAAAACAUGGAGGAUACAAAACACAGGGACAGAAGCAUGGCCUCCGGGUGUUUGUCUUAAGUAUGUUGGGGGAGACCAGUUUGGCCAUGUGAAUAUGGUGAUGGUCCGAUCACUGGAGCCCCAGGAGAUUGCAGAUGUCAGCGUUCAGAUGUGCAGCCCCAGUACUGCAGGAAUGUAUCAAGGCCAGUGGCGAAUGUGCACUGCUACUGGACUCUAUUAUGGAGACAUCAUUUGGGUGAUUCUCAGUGUGGAAGUUGGAGGACUAUUAGGAGUAACGCAGCAGCUGUCAUCAUUUGAAACAGAGUUCAACACGCAACCACAUCGCAAGGUAGAAGGAAACUUUAACCCAUUCGCCUCUCCGCAGAAGAACAGGCAACCAGAUGAAAACAACUUAAAAGACCCUGGGGGUUCCGAGCUAGACACAAUCAGCAAAAACACAUGGGGGCCUGCUCCUGACCAAAUUGAACAAGAUCAGACUGAACUGUCACAAAACUCUGUAAAUCUCUCCCCCAGCAGUCACUCGAACAACUUAUCAGUAGUGACAUACAGUAAGGGUUUUCAUGAUCCUUACCCCUUUGGACAGUCUUAAACAAAAACGGGUAUCGUUGAGAAGAGAAUUUAACAAAGACCGGACUUGGGAGGGAGGGGGAGUUCUUGUGACUUAUAGAAGAUACAGCAUGAACGCCCCCUUCUUGGCUCCAUAUCCUUGGAUAAGAAGAAAACAAACUAUAACUUUAAGACUAGUUGUUUCCAGGGGAAAAAAAACCUAAACUAAAGUAUGCAUGUGUGAAUGCUGAAUUUCAGGAGUGCUGUUCAGUGCUAUGAGAGAGAAAAAAUACACCAAUGUUCUGUUUAGAAGUCAUUGUCACAGUUAAUUAGGUAGCUUAAAAAGAAAUUUUUUUAAAAUUAAAACAGAAAAGCCAUCUCUUUUUAAAAGAAAAAAUUAUUUUGCCUACAGAGUGGUUGUAGUCUGAGCAAAUGUUAAUUUUUUUCAUUUCUUGUUCACAACUUUUCAAAAGGGACAGCGUGCAUUUUUAUGGAGAUGUGCUUGCUAUGAAAUGGAAGCUUGCUUAGCAUUUUCUUGGUUAGUGCAGCUGCUAUUUUUAUACAUCAGGUGUUUUUAAUUUGUAGCUUCAUCUAUUUUUUGCCUUUAAUCUGCUGUUGGUAUAAUUCUUCUGGGCAUGGUAUGUAUUCGUCAUCUGCUAGUUCUUUUCUAUUAGUAAAAGUUGAUUAAAUUCAGUUUCACUCUUCUUGGGUACAGCAACAGUAAAGAAGGCAAGAGAAUUAAAAUGAUGCAGGAGGUUUUUCUUAGACUUUCUAUGAGAGCCUACACUUAGAUUUCCAAAACUUGCCCUGAACGAUUAACAUAUUGAAGUAUUCCUGGAUUCAUUAAUUUACAGUAACAAUCUUUUGAGACAGCUAUGCAUGUGCCAAGAAUCAAUUUUAUUUCUAAAAUAUUAGAGCACCAGUUGUGUGUUUUUUUUUUUUUUUAAAUGUUACUUGUAGGUAUAAACUUCACAUUUCCCUUUUAAUAUUGGGGUAACUUCUGUUUGAUUAUUUGGCAAUACAGAUACUAGCUUAGCUGGCAAAGACUAAUUGGCUUUCUUAUUCUCUGAACCUUUGAUGUUUUAGAUUGUGUGUGUGUGUGUCUGUCAAAGGGGUUGAGCAGUGUACAGCCCAUAAAGAUUGAUAGCCAUAUAUAACUGAGACUAGGUUGUCCUCCAUAGGAGAAAGUUGCAGUUUGUGGUGUUUUGGGUGUUGCAUCAGUUCAAGGCUUUGCAAAGGAGAGGAGGAGGGCGGUUCUGUCUAAUUCAGAAACUUGAACUAGUCCAUAGCACCCAUCUGCCAAAGAUAGAACAUUAUGCAACAUCCCCUUCCUUUCAUCUCACUCUAAAGACCAAACUGCCUACUCUGGGAUAAUUGAGAGAAGUAUAUAUGGUAUGCACUGAUGGAGGUUGUGCAGAGCUUUUAGUAUGGGACGAAGUAACAUACCCCAAACUAUAUUGUUUCAUUGAUUUGCAUAAAGGGCCUUUUACACUUUCACUGUCCUGUCUUCCACCAGAACAUGUGGUUAGCAUCUGCAGAGUUUAAGUGGAUCUCGCUGGGAUCAUGAAGGGUUGUAGGCAUUUAGGUAUUCAGUCUUCUGGGGUCAUCUCAGCAUCUUAUUUAGUGCUCUUUUGGAGAAUAUGUAUAAUUUCCUUCUGCCACCAAUCUAAUUUGAAUUAUCUUUCCAUUAGUGUGGCCAUGGACACUUGGAGAGAUUAUUUCAAGGAGUUACUCUUGAGAGGAAAUUAAACAGGAGUCCAUUGGCAUCUUAAUGAUAAACAAUUUAUUCCGGCAUAAAAUUUUGUAAAUCAUAGCUCACUUCAUUUGAUGCUCUGACUGGCAAAAAACAUAUGCUGGAAUAGAUUUUAUUAGUUUUUAUGGUUCCAUGGACUCCUGUUCAGUUUUGUUGCAACCCCAGGAAUUAUAUAACUCUUGAGAUGAGAGAUUAAUGGAAGUAUAGAAGUUGGGGAAAUUUUUUUACUUCUUAUUUCUUCUCAGCACAGCUCUCCAAAUACAUAUCUGAAUCACUGUGGGCAGUGUAGUGUGUUCAAAUGCAAAUAAGGUUAUAGGAAAUGAUUGUAUAUAACAGUCAUGAUGAUUGAUUUAAUUUUUUUUGUGUGCUCUGGGCAAGCAAUUUCCUUGAUGGGCAAGUGAAGUGACUAAGUAGACUGUGUGGGUUUUGCUGUCAUCUGUGUGGGAAUGUAUGGUUGCUUUUGCGGCAACAUUGGUAGUUUUACAGUGAUCACAAUUGGCAACUACCAGACCAAGUCAGAAUGGCUUCAUUUUUCUCUUUGCACCAGGUAUUCACAUUUUCACCCCAUCUAAACUGCCAAUUGUUUUGGACAUGUGUGUUUCCCUAUAUGCAUAGGGAAAGCUGAUAUAUACUGCCAAUUAUGGUUGUCUUGUGGCAUGCAGGAGUGCCCAUUCUCUGCCAGUUGUCUUGAAUAGUGUUUCCAUGUACCAGUGACUUUUGUGAAUUGAGAAGUCACUCCAGUGAAGGAAACAAAAGGAGCCAGUGCCCAGGUGGGGUUGUAGCAAGAAGCCAUCUUCUUAAGCACUAGUUCUUCAGAUCUUCCAGACCAUAUGCAUUUCUGUUAUGUUUGAGGAUAAUCUUUGUAGAAAUAGUUGCAAAGGCAUCAUUUUUGUUCAUUAGUGUUGGCUAUGGAGAUAAGUCUUAUGGUGAUGACUGGGGGGGAUGUUUAAAGUGCUCACUAUCCUGCCUAUGAUUUCUUUCCCAAGGAAAUAUUCUUCUGUUGAUAUAAGCAUUAUCACAUAUGGAGACUCUUGGGUUAAAGUUGCCAUUCAUUUGAUGAUUGGUUUGUUCAUGACACACUUCCUGUACAGAUCUACAUUCAUAAAGGAUAAACUGUACCCAGUAAAGUUUCAAAUUACAAUGAAUGCUUAAUUUGCUACCAUUACAUGUGAUUGAAAGCUCUGAGUGCUUCCCAGACUUUUCUAAUGGCAGCAAAACAAACAUUUCUCCUACCUUAAGCAUCGUAGUAUACAUAUGUGUAUACUGUCUUCCCCUCCAACAUUUAUUUAUUUAAUUUUACUUUUAUUCUGCCCUUCCUGCAAACAUAUUACACCUGUAGCAGAAAUAUGAAUGGCAUGGCCAUCAGUCCCCUUGAUACUUAGCCCACUGCCUAGCCAUAGAGGAAGCUAAGCAUUGCUUGACUCAUGACCUGUUUCCCAAGUCAAGUUCUUGUUCAUGGUUUCAGAAACUUAGAGCCUGGACCUAGCUCCCCAAGCUUCAACCUGCCACACAUGAGCAAGGGUGGUCAGCUCUGACUUUCUUCCCUGGUGACUAUCUCUAGAAGAAAUAAUGAUGGAUUCCUGAGGGGAAGAAGCAAUUGUUACAAUUCAAAUAAAGGGAAGUUUUGAAUUUCUUGUUAAUAAUACUUUGUUUGCAGAGAGUGCAUGUGUGUGUGCUUUAAAUGAGAACUUAACUCCAGCCCAAAAUGUUGGGCUAAAAUAAUGCUGAUAACCUCUGCAUCUGUGAAUGUGACUCCAGCCUGGGAUAGGAAAGCCCCCAGACUUCUUGGGGAACUGGGCUGGCUUUGAGCCCCUCUGGCUGGAAUUACUCCUUUAUGAAUGAAUUUGGGGCAUGGGAAGGUGACGGGUAUAUCCUGAGACUUCAGGGAUUUUGGAAUGUGUACUUAUCCACCCACCCCCAGCUGUGGAUGAGUGCAUUGUGAAUCCCUGUAGGUAUAAAUGUAGCCAGAGUUCUCUGAGGCUGAGAAAUGCACGCUGUCCUACAUCUGUUUUUUAUUGUUGUUGUUUAUUUUCCCCCUCUUGUGUGAGUGAGUGUUUGAUUCUGCAGCCUGUCUUUAUUCUCUCUGGGGGGGGGGAGUGCAUGUGUAGAGCAGGAUGGUGUGUUGCUUCAUUGAGUCUGGGAAGAAUCCAGUAAUAGCACAUUGUGGUGGGGGGGAGGAUGCUUUUUCCUUAAUGUAUAAAUGAAUAUUUGUAUGAUUAAAUUAACACAAAACAA